AUGGCUCCCAUUGAGACCGACAAGGCGCUGUUCACCAAUGAGGGACUGUACCACCGCAAAGAAGCUGCAUGUGCCACCAGUACCACCAGUCAAGACGACGCGGCGACGUACACGUGGCAGGACGUAGCCAAACACAACACAGCUGCGAGCGCGUGGGUCAUUAUCCGCGGUGUGGUCUACGACGUCACAGAAUGGGCCGACCGCCACCCUGGUGGCCGCGAGCUCGUGCUGCUCCACUCUGGACGCGAGUGCACGAACACGUUCGACUCGUACCAUCCGUUUUCCGACCGGGCGGACAAGAUCUUGGCCAAGUACGCGAUCGGAAAGCUCGUGGGCGGCGCCGAGUUCCCGACGUACAAGCCCGACACGGGCUUCUACAAGGAGUGCUGUGACCGCGUGAAGCAGUACUUUCACGACAACGAGCUCGACCCGCGGAACCCGUACUCGGGGCUCUGGCGCAUGGUAUGUGUAGCAGUCGUGGGCGCGAUUGCCCUUGUGGGCAUGAACCAGCAGCUAUCCGACAACAGCCAUGCCCACUACGCUUGGGCGGCUGUCUUUGGCGUGUGCCAGGCACUGCCGCUGUUGCACGUGAUGCACGACGCAUCGCACGCUGCUAUCACGAGCAGUCCCACGGGCUGGACCCUGAUUGGACGUCUUGCGAUGGACUGGGUCGUUGGCGCCAACAUGGUGUCGUGGCUCAACCAGCACGUGGUUGGCCACCACAUUUACACGAACGUCCCUGGAGCCGACCCUGACCUUCCAGUGGACUUUCAGAGCGACGUGCGUCGAAUUGUCCACCGCCAAGUCGUGCUGCCGAUCUACAAGUUCCAGCAUCUGUACCUGCCACCACUCUACGGCGUGCUCGGUCUCAAGUUCCGCGUGCAGGACAUUUUCGAGACGUUCAUCUCGCUCAAAAACGGUCCACUGCGCGUGAACCCACACUCGGUUGGCGACUGGGCAGAGCUGGUCCUGUCGAAAGCGUUUUGGGCGUUGUACCGCCUGUACGUCCCGCUGGUGGUGCUGCAGGUUGACCCUGCUCGCUUUUGGGGCGUCUUUUUCGUGGCCGAGUUCGUGACCGGCUGGUACCUGGCGUUGAAUUUCCAAGUGAGCCACGUGUCGACGGCGUGUGAGUAUCCGGGGGACGAGAACGACGGCGUUACGGCCAUCGACGAUGAGUGGGCGAUUUCGCAGGUGAAGUCGUCCGUGGACUACGCGCACGGGUCGCCCGUCACGGCGUUCCUCACUGGUGCACUCAACUACCAGGUGACACACCAUUUGUUCCCAGGUGUUUCGCAGUAUCACUACCCGGCCAUUGCGCCGAUCAUUAUGGACGUGUGCAAGAAGUACAACAUCAAGUACACAGUACUGUCGACGUUCAGAGAAGCGCUCGCUGGGCACUUGGACCACCUCGUCGUCAUGGGCAAGAUGGGCAAGCGCGUACCGAUCCACAUGGGUUGA